AGUGUGACCUGGUAAAGCAAAGAGUAAAGGAAAUUCCGCUUUUUAGCUCUCCCGUACCAAGUUCCGACCCUGCUACGAAGCAAUCGAAGAGAAAAUGCUUUCUUUUCCCCAUUCAAUUCACAGAUGCAGGAGCACAACAAAAUCUUCACCAUUAAAUUGGAAGAUUUCACAGUACAUUAAAUUCAUUUCUAAGUUUAAAGAGAUCUGUCAGGAAGAGACGAGCCAAAGCGAGAGGAUUUCCUUUAACAAGGUAAAUGGCGCGCGCAGCUUCCAGAUAUCCGUGCCCUUAAGUUGUGCUCUACCAUUGGAGCAGCUUAUGAAGGUUGAAGGAGCUGUAUAAGCCGUAGCAGUGGACGGAGAGCUAACAGUUGAAAAAGGAGCGACGACGGAAAAUCUGCCUCUCAGUGAAGUUGAGGGAUUCUAUUUUCUGCAAAUUUGCUUUUCAGCGAAGCUUUAAAUGUUUUGUAUUUGAUAAACUCAGCGGGAAUGUAUAUUGGUGCAGUGAAAUUUUAUCCAAUCUCUAGUGGAUAUAUAAUAAAACAUUAGUUCCAAGGAGAUCAGGGGCUUGUAGCUUGGAUCUUUGUGGAUUCUUCCUUGUAAUUAUAAAUGGGUUCCAAUCUACAUGAUGGAGAUAUUUUAAUUUCCAAACAUCCACUCGGACAGCCUGCUCUGGAGAAAAGGAUUAUGCACUACUCCAACUUCCAUCAUAUUUUAUUAGUGGGGGAAGGAGAUUUUUCAUUUUCUGCGGCUUUGGCCAAAGCAUUUGGUUCUGCAGAAAACAUCGUUGCCACCUCUCUUGACAGCAGAGAGGAGGUCAUAAGUUCAUAUAAUUCCGGCCAAGAUAACCUUCGGAGUUUGGAGAAGCGUAGAGCAAUGACAUUGCAUAGUGUUGAUGCAAAAACAAUGAAAAAGCAUGAGAUAUUAAGAGAGAUGUUGUUCGAUAGGAUUGUCUUUAACUUCCCUCAUGCAGGCUUCUUUGGGAAGGAAAAUGAUAACAAACUUAUCAAAAAGCACCGUCAUUUGUUGAAGAUGUUCUUCAAGAAUGGAAUGGCUAUGCUUAACAACAUGGGAGAAAUCCAUGUUACCCACAAAGAAAAAGAUCCAUAUGACAAGUGGAAACUUGUGGAACAAGCAGAAACAUGCGGUUUGCUUUUUAAAGAAUCCGUUGACUUUAACAAAGCAGAAUACCCUGGCUACACUAAUAGAAGAGGAGCGGGGCCUAACAUUGGCUAUACUUUCCAUUUGGGAGAAUGUCGGACUUACAUGUUCAUCGUAAGGGAAUCCAUGACCACACCAUGUAUGUCACUUAACUACAACAAAGAGUCAGUAUAUGAAGCUUUGAGAUUGAAAGAAGAUGCAGCUAAUCAAAGAGAUGCGACUAUUUUGGAGCUUGGAAUUGAAAGGAAAGCCAGAAAGGAUGCUGAAUCUGCAAAAGCAAAUAUUGAGGGUUCACUUAACUACAACAAAGAGUCAGUAUAUGACUUUCAAAUCAAGAAAAUCAAUCAACUAGAGAGACAAAGAGAUGAUGCUCUUUAUCAACAGGAAGCAGCCUGCAGGGAAAAGGAAAAGAUUGCCAGACAACUAAAUGAGGCCUCGAGAUUAAAAGGAGAAGCAAUUUAUGAAAAAGAAAAGAUUUUGAGGGAACGCAAUGACCUUGCCAACCAAAAGGAUGAAAUUGAUUAUUGGGCUAUUGUUGCGUUCUGUGGCUUGGGUCUUUGCAAAAUUGUUUCUUCAAUGUACAGUCGGAAGAAGUAAGCAUAAAAGAAUAAGUUGUUCUAAUAACGAAGACUUAACAAACAAUGCAGUUUCUGUUUAUUGAUCUUAUAACUAUUAACUUCAGUAACUCGGGUUAUUUGCCAAUGACAUAUUCUUAGUUAAAGAUCACUGGAUUUUUAAGUUUCAGCUUAACUGUAAUAGCUUAUGUGAAAUAUAUGAGAAAUUUACCUAGUAAAUUCAGAAUU